GAAGAGAGAGUUGAUUGAAGAAGUGAUAGUGAACAGCAAGGAGGAAAGAGAGUGAAUGAAAGAGUGAGUAAAUGGAGUCGGGUCCUCCGGCGAACGAUCUGUGUUCAGUGUGUCAUGGAAACUUUCACAUUCCCUGCCAAGCCAAUUGUUCCCACUGGUUUUGUGGGAAUUGCAUAGUGCUUGUGUGGCAGCAUGGAUCGGGGGUUCAACCAUGCAAAUGCCCUCUGUGUCGGCGUCCAAUUACUCUUUUGGUUCCAAACGAUGAUUCCUUGAGACAACGUGACGAUCCUGAAGUGGCUCAGAUUCUCUCUAAGAUUCACACUUACAAUCGUUUCUUUGGUGGAAACCCAACGGGUCUCCUUCAGCGAAUUCAAGAUCUUCCUUUUCUGUUGCGAAGAUUGCUUCGGGAAUUCUCUGACCCUCGUAGAUCCCUUCCUCUCGUUAUCCGUGCUCGUGUCUAUGUCGCUAUGAUAAUAAGUGCUAUAUAUGUCUUCAGUCCUAUUGACAUCAUUCCUGAAGGAAUAUUAGGAAUAGUUGGUCUCUUGGAUGAUCUCCUAAUUGUGCUCAUCUUCUUUCUGCAUGUUGCUGCCCUUUAUAGAUCAGUACUUUACCUCCGUCAUGGGGGUUCCUAAACUGAGAUGAUGCUCAAGUACCUGAUAUACCAUUAUGCUUUCAUCUUCAAAAUUGACAUACUUUGUUUUGUACAAUGUACAUAGACCGAUAGACGUUCAUUUUCAAAAUGUGAAUUUAGUGAUGGAAAUUAGUAGUAUACUGCAAACCGUCAAUGAAAAAACUCUUAAAAUUUAUAAAAUUUUGUGAA